UUUUAUACCAUAGUACCAUACUCAUUUUCUCUCAAAAUAUGGCUUCCUCAAAGUUAAUCUCUUGUCUAUUUUUUCUUUCAUCCAUUACAAUUCUUGCACAAACAGUGAUUUCAACAAAUCCACUCUUCCAUUUUUGUUCAAAAUCAGGAAAUUUCACAGCCAAUAGUUACUAUGCACAAAAUUUGAAAAAUCUCUUAGGUGAUCUCUACUUAAAAACUCCCCUAACAGGGUUCUCAACUAGCUCAAUUGGCCAAAAUUAUGAUAAAACAAAUGGACUCUCUCUAUGCCGCGGUGAUGUUUUAAGUGAUGAUUGCAAGUCCUGUGUAUUAGAUGCUAGUGAAGAACUUGGAAAACGUUGUCCUUAUGAUAAAGAAGCCAUCAUAUGGUACGAUAAUUGUCUUUUGAAAUAUUCCGACAAAGAUUUUCUAGGAAAAAUUGAUAAUACGUACAAGUUUUACAUGUGGAAUGUUCGCGUUGUUAGUAAGCCUGAAUAUUUCAAUGCAAAGACUAAGGAGUUGUUGGGAAACUUAGCUGAAAAUGCUUAUAAAAAGAAGAAUUUGUAUGCAACUGGAGAGACAAAGAUUGAAGAAAAUAAGAAAUUGUAUGGAUUGGUGCAGUGUACAAGAGAUCUUACUAAUGAGGAUUGUAAGAAGUGUCUUGAUGGUAUUAUUACUGAACUUCCAAGUUGUUGUGAUGGAAAAGAAGGUGGACGAGUUGUUGGUGGGAGUUGUAACUUUAGAUAUGAAAUUUAUCCUUUUAUUAAUACUCCUUAGAACUUAAGAAAAUAUAUACCAUAUUGCUAAUUAUAAUGAUCAAUGCAGAUGAUAUAAUAUGGAGGACUUGAACUAAAAAUCCUAUAUUGAUGUAAUUUAAUUUGAAUAGCUUGUACUUCUUGAGCUCUUGUUGUUGCAUUAUUAUUUGCUUUAUGUAAGGUGAAUAAAGAAUGGACAAAUAUGUUUCGUAA